CUACCAGCUCCACAUAAAAAGCUGUAUAUCAGGCCUCCCUUGCAUCCUUUCUCACCCCGCUGCUCACACACUUCCUUCAUACUCACCCAGAUCCAGAGCCUCUCUCGCAAUCAAAGAUGAAGAUUAUCGCUGCUUAUUUGCUUGCUUUGUUGGGCGGCAAGACCAGCCCCACUGCCGAGGACAUCAAGACCAUCCUUGGUGCCGUCGGUGCUGAAGCUGAUGAGGACAUGCUUAAGCUUCUUCUCAAGGAAGUUCAGGGUAAGGACAUAACAGAGCUUAUUGCCUCUGGACGGGAGAAGUUGGCCUCUGUCCCAUCUGGUGGCGGUGGUGCUGUUGCGGUGGCUGCCCCUGCUGGUGUUGCUGCUCCUGCAGCAGCUGAGGCAAAGAAGGAAGAGAAGAUUGAGGAGAAAGAGGAGUCUGAUGAUGACAUGGGCUUCAGUCUCUUUGACUAGGGUGGUUGGAAUAUGGCGUACUGAGAAACCAUUUUCUUAUUCAAGUUAAAUAGAGAUUUUUGUUUGCUGGAGAGCAAUUCUUGGUUAUUGUAGUAGAUUCUGUUAAUGUGGAUUUGAAUUCACUUCUUUAUCAAUAUUUCUUAAUGAAGAAUGACUUAUCCCUAUUAUA